AUGGAACCGUUGUCGUACCAGUCGAAGCUCGUCCCCGCGGAGACAGCUCGAGAGACAGGCUGUUUUACGACGCUUCCAAUCCGUAUUCAUCCCCGCGAUGACCUAGCCGAUGCAGCCAGCCGGCGUUUUGUUGGAGACUGGGCUAGGGAGAUGAGAGAUGGCCGAGAAAAGAAGACUUACUUCUCGUUCUCGCCUGUAGGCAACUGGUCUUCUCUCAUCUACCCCGAAGCCAUUCCCGAACGCCUCGGAGUCUUGGCCUACCUCUCAGAUCUGGGCCUGAUUCAUGAUGACACCGGCGAGGGCCUCAGCAUCGAGGAUGCUCAGGCUGAGCACGAUGAGCUCCAUGAUGCUUUGAACCCAGACGACAAGAGAAACCUGGACCCUGCUUCAAGGGCAAUGAAGACCAAGAAGCUCGUCUCACAGUGCAUCCUCGAAUGCAUCAACCUGGAUCAUGAAGUUGGUCUGAACAUGCUUGCUGCCUUCCGUGAUGUUUGGCUUGCUAUUAGCGAGAAGAACAGCGACAAGGAAGCACAGACUUUGGAAGAAUAUCUACAAUACCGUAGCGACAAUGGCGGCAUGCUGGUUUUCUGGCCAAUGCUGCAGUUCAGCCUGGGGAUUUCCCUCUCGGAAGCGGAGCACCAGCUCGUGCAGCCCAUCAUUGAUGCGGCCACUGAAGGUCUUCUGCUGGCGAAUGACUACUUCAGCUGGGAACGCGAACUGAGAGAGCUUCAAUCCGGUCAUUCCAAGAGGAUUGUGAGUGCCGUGGAGCUGUUUGCCCGGACGAAGGGGCUUUCAGUCGAGGGUGCCAAGGAGGCAGUCAAGGCCAGGAUCAUCAAGUCAGAAAGUGAUUUCUCGGUCUCGGGGAAUCACUACUGGUGCUCUGCUUGUCCGAGGCAGAACGCAUGGAAGAACGAGACACUUCCAAACGGCCAGAAGCAUAACGACGUUGAGCAAAAUCAGAACGGGAACGGACAUCACUCCCCGCUCAGCAGUAACGGAAGUGACACUAUUCUUCAAAUCAAUGGCAUCAAGAUCAUCUCAAACGGAAACGGCGUCAAAGCUGUUGUCAAUGGCAACGGUGUCAAAAGAAAACUCUCACAGUGUGGGCUGGCAACUCCGGAAGAAGAUUUGUUCACGAAGAAAAAGAGAGAUUCGGGCAUCGAUGUUUUGGGCCAAGAUAACCAUAACCUCGACGUUCACGAGGUCUCCCAGUAUCCCCUUUACAAGCCGUCCAACCUGGCUAUGGAUGCGCCCGCGGCGUACAUCUGUGGGAUGCCCUCCAAAGGUGUUCGUGGCACUCUCAUUGAUGCUCUCAAUACCUGGCUUCACGUGCCUCCGGCAGCGGUCAAGACAAUUACGUCGGUUGUCAACAUGUUGCACAAUGCAUCCCUAAUUCUGGACGACUUGGAGGACAACUCUCCACUGAGGCGGGGUCUCCCAUCAGCCCAUGUUAUCUUUGGGCAAGCUCAAUCCAUCAACAGCGCAAACUUUUUGUUUGUUAGAGCAGUGCAAGAAGUUGCCCAGAGCCUUAGCCCAGCUGCGCUCACAGCGGUGCUCGAAGAACUCGAAGGCCUCUACCUCGGGCAAAGCUGGGACCUGUACUGGAAGUUCAACCUGGCAUGUCCCACCGAGUCCGAGUACGUCAACAUGAUCGACCACAAGACCGGCGGCAUGUUCAGGAUGUUGCUGCGCAUUAUGCAGGCUGAGAGUGCAGUUGCGGAAACUCCAGGCCUCGACUUUGAGAGAUUGACCCUUCUCUUCGGACGAUUCUUUCAGAUUCGGGACGACUACAUGAAUUUUGGAGAUUACGCGGCCCAAAAGGGUAUCUGUGAGGAUCUGGACGAAGGGAAGUUCUCGUACCCCAUCGUCUACUGCCUUACCAACCACCCGGAGUAUCGCGCACACAUCCUUGGCGUAUUCAGGCAGCGACCGACGGUAGCUACGACGACCGCUUCUCCGCUCUCGAAGGAAAGCAAGGCUCAUCUGUGCAUCUCUCUGUCUAGUCAGCUCUCCGUCGAGUCGGGUGGCGACUAUGUCGCAGACUUUGAGCAGCAGCCUAUUGCCACAGCAGGGGUAGAUGCCGGGUCUCUCUUCUGGGCGCAGCAGCAGCAGGCCGUCCGGCCGGCCUGCGUCGUCCACGCCCGGGGGGUCGAAGAUGUCGUGGUUGUGGUCCGGACUUCGCGCUCCACGGGCUGUCCCUUCGCCGUCCGCGGGGGCGGCCACUCAGACAUACCCGGCGCGAGUAACAGUGAUGGUGGCAUCACCGUUAAUAUGGCUGGGUUGAGCGAUGUCGAAGUGGACGCGAGCGCCGGCGUAGCUCGCGUAGGAGCUGGCGCCAAGUGGGGAGCAGUCUUCAAGGAGCUCGAUAAGACGAACAAGACGGUUGUGGGAGGCCGACUUACGGGCGUCGGUGUUGGAGGAUUACUCCUGGGCGGCGGGCUUAGCCACUUCUCCGGAUUACAUGGGUGGGCGUGUGAUAACGUCCGCAACUACGAGCUUGUCCUUGCCAAUGGUAGUAUCAUCGACGUCUCGCACUCCACCCACCCAGAUCUCUACCGAGCUCUUCGUGGUGGUGGCAACAACUUUGGGGUCGUCACCCGCUUCGACCUGGACUUGUUCGAUCAAGGCCCUAUGUGGGGAGGUCUACACGUCUGGCCAUUGAUGCCAGACGUAACGUCAGCCAUCACGUCAGCCUUCGUGGAGUUCGCCCACGACGCCCCAUCAGACAAGCAUGUCUCGUUGUUUGCAGGCCUCGGAUUCAUGCAGGGUAACUUCGCCUGGGCUGUGGGACAGUACGACACCCUCGGUAGGGAGGAGCCUCCCAUCUUUGCCAAGUUCAGAGAUGACGCCGAGACGUAUGGGGCUCCAAAGAUCGUCAGCACGGCGAGGGUAACGUCGCUUUCUGAUCUAGCCGAGGAACUGAAUCUUUCAGAGCCAGCGGGCAUGCGGAGUCGGUUUACAACUGCUACCUUCAAGGUGGAUGUGGAUCUGCUUCAGCUAAUGGCCGGUUACUUCGUCGAAGAGGUCGAAAGAGCUCUGGACAAGGGCUUAAGUGAGGACGCACGCUUUGCGCCAAUGUUGGGCAUUCAACCCCUGGGAAAGAACAUUCUCCAGGCGCAAGCUAAGCGCGGAGGAAAUGUGAUGGGUCUCGAAGAAGAGUCCGGGCCACUGAUUGUCUGUUCUUUUGGCUGGGAGUGGUCUGACGAGGCGAAUGAUGCUAUCGUGACUGCUGGAAUCCAGAGCGUCCUCGAGCAAUCUGUAGCUGCAGCUAAGGAAAGGGGUCUGUACCAUCCUUUCAAGUACAUGAACUACGCUGCGGAAGACCAAGACCCUGUCGGAAGCUAUGGAGAUGAGAACGUUGAGUUCUUGAAGAAAGUCAAAGAGACGUACGACAGUGAAGGACUGUUCGCGAAGCUGGUACCCGGUGGUCACAAGAUCAAAUGA